AUGACUCCGCUCGUCGUGCAGGUGUACGCGCCGAUCGGCGCCUCCGCCUACCACCGCACGCUCUACGUGUUCGGCUGCGCGACGCCCGAGUGCGCCAACGAAAGUGCCGCGUGCGAGGCGGCGCCGGCCACCGCUGAGCUGGAGCCUGCAGCUGAAGAGGGCGUGAGCCCAGAGCCGGCGCAGCCUCCUACGUGUGACGUGCGUGCGCUGUUGGCCGCGCGGCCGCCGCCAUUGCACGGGCCCGUCACUUUCCGGCCGGCCUACCUGGGCGUGGUGGAGGAGCCGGCGCCGCGCGGCGCGCCCUCCCACCACGAGCUCGACCUGCUGCGCGCGUACCAGGCGCGCGAGGGCGUUAACCUGCGCGCCGCGCCGGCGCACGGCGACCGGCUGCUCUACAAGCUGAUCCAGCGUCUGGAACUGUGUCCGGGCCAGGUGCUGCGCUACUGCCGGGAUGGCGGCUCGCCGCUGCCGCUGGCGCCGCUGCCGCCGGCGCCGCCCGCCUGCCGCCACUGCGGCGCGCCGGCCGUGUUCGAGCUGCAGCUGCUGCCGACGCUGGUGGCGCGGCUGCGCGUUGCGGACGCGGCCGGCGGCGAGCAUGCCGGCCCGCUCGAGUUCGGCACCGUGCUCGUCUACACGUGCCGCGACAGCUGCUGGCGCGACGGCGACCGCGCCCGCGCCGAAGUGGUGCUGGUGCAGGCCGAGAUGCAGUGACGUCACAGGUCAAGCUGCAAUGACGUCACGGAGAAGGCGCAGUGACGUCACGGUCGGAUUCGCUGUCGGUCAUGUCAGUUGGGAAAGAUCGAGGUAGCCUUGAAUGGAAAAUGAAGAGCGAGUACUGCUAGAACAUGCCGAUAUUUUGUUUGACGAAGCAGUCGUGCGUUGCUUUGUGAACUGCUGCGGUUAGAUCGCUGCAGAUGCAUGGGCUUUCUUGUCACGGGCAGCCGUGUGUUCACGCGAGCGCUCCCCGCCAAGCAUACGAGCUGUGAGGAGUCUUGCCACACUUUCAUUUGUUUCACUCGCUCACAAUACAUGCUGAUGAAUA